AUGUUGCUACAAGAAAGGCUCAAGGGUCCUGGCCAGCGCUUGAACUGGCGGGAAUGGGAGCCGCACGUGAAGGUUUGGAUGGCACACAGCUUCGCCCACAGGCUUCCGAACUUAGUUAAUAUGGGUGUGAUCUCCACACAGCUCCUAGCUCCAGGAACCUGUAAACUUCAAAGAAGUCUCACCUGGCUCAUACCGUGUUAUAUGACGGGGGAAGGGGAAGGACAUGGCUGUUAUCUUCUAUUUAUAUUAAAGGCCAAAACGACAGCGUGGUUGUGGCAGGGAAUGGUGCAGUCCGACCAACCUAUUGAAGCAUCGGAUAAUGCCUCCUGGCAAAUUCAAAGCAUUCAGGUCACAGCACAUGUUCUCCAAGGAUGCUCGCUUGCAGCAUUGCUCCAAUACUGCCUUACCGUCACUGGGGCAUAA